AUGAUUCAUUCCGGUACCUUUCCUUUUGGAAAUUGCGUCGUGUGGGUAUUCCUUACGCUGGUGUCCGUACUCCGGCUGGGAUCCGGAUGCCACGCCGCCUGGACGAGUCCCGCCCGUCGACGGCGUGGGCGUACCACGACGGGUCCGGACGUGAAGGAUCGGACCGUGCGUGCCGUCACCGUCGCCAACACUCCGUACCUGUUCGGUACGACCCCGCGUUACUGUAUCGACAAUUCAGACAGUCCUCCUUUAGAGGUUCCUGGGGCUCCACACGACGACGUGGACGUUCCCGUUCUCUUCCAAGACGACCAAAUCCUGGUCGUGCACAAGCCUUCCGGUGUGGCCCACCACAACGACGCGGACACGGGUCGUCUCGGUAUUCUCAAUCUCAUUCGACACCAACAGACUACCGGUCGGUUUGCUUACCCCCAUCGUCUGUACGGAGUCCACCGAUUGGACCGCGUCACCUCGGGCAUCCUCGUCCUGGCCAAAACGCCCGGGGCGGCCCAAAUCCUCACCCAGGCCUGGCGCGAAGACCGCGUCACCAAAUACUACGUCGGCCUUUCGGGGAAUAAGGCCACCACGUCUAAACAGGGACACGUGCGGGGACGGAUGAUUCGCGGACGACGACGGUCCUGGUUGUUGACACGGGAGACGCACGGAUCCAACGUUGCGCACACCCGAUUCUUUACCGCCGGACUCGGGCAUUUGGCGCCGCCGUCGUCAACACUGACGAACGUUUCGCCGAAAACGCUCCUUCUCUUCCGACCCACUACGGGUCGGACGCACCAACUGCGCGUCGCCGCCAAGAGUGUCGGUCUCCCCCUAUGGGGGGACCCCGUCUACCGGGACGGCCGUCACCGGACCGAAAACGCAAGCACGCCGUCCCGGACCUUGCUCCACGCCGCCGGAUGGCAUGUGCCAGCCGAUGAUACGCAUCCCGAAUGGACCCUUUGGUGUCCACCGCCCCCCGAGUUUGACGUUUGGGCCAACCCCGACGCACGGGACACAGAGAACCCGGCAUGCUUCGACUCCGUCCUACACCGCCUCCUCCACAAACACGUCGACUGUGAACCCCUCCUUUACGCCAUUGAUGCGGCGGCUAGCUUGGGUACGACGCGCGUCGGACUACUGCACCCCGACCAAGUCUAG